AUUUUAAAUUUGUGUCGCAGUCUUGGGUAUAUUACAAGGACUUCCAUCGAGGCUUUUAGAGUUUUUGGGAAUCAACCGCAUUCGUGAACUAAAAUUGAUCCAUGUUCGGUCACGUCAAAUUAUGGACUGCAUGUUUGACGAGAUAAAACAUUUAAGUGAUGAAGAAAUGGCGGAAUGUGGUCUACAUGAAACAAUACUCCAAGCUGUUGAAAAUGGGAUUGCUGAGCUCGUUAUUCCUCUAUGUAAAGCCGAACCAGAUUUAUUGUUCAGUACCAAGUCCGGAAAGAACAUAUUUCAUUAUGCUGUUGAAUGCCGUCAAGAAAAAGUUUAUGGCCUUAUAUACGGGGUUGGUAAAAGAACUAUGCUUACGACUUGGAUGGCAAAUCACAACAACAGCUUGCUACAUUUUGCGGGGAUGUUAUCUCCAUUGGCAGUGGCAAAGCUUGAUCGUAUUCCAGGUGCAGCCUUGCAAAUGCAGAGAGAAAGGCAAUGGUACAAGGAGGUAGAGAGUAUUGUGAUUCCAGUCUUGGGAACCUCACCUUUAAACGGUGAUGGUUUCACAGCCCCUAAAUUAUUUACGGAGACCCACAAGGAAUUGCAUGCGAAAGGAGAAAAGUGGAUGAAAGGAACAACAAGUUCUUAUACAGUUGUUAGUACCCUGAUUAUUACAAUCAUGUUUGCUGCUGCAUUUACAGUUCCUGGUGGAAACGACCAAGAAACAGGGUUUCCCAUAUUCUUAGACGGAAGGCUAUUUAUGGUUUUUAUAGUUUCAGAUGCAAUUUCGCUCUUUUCUUCUGCAACGUCAGCAUUGAUGUUUUUGGGCAUCCUUACAUCGCGUUAUGCUGAAGAUGAUUUCCUCGAAUCCUUACCCACAAAGAUGAUAAUAGGCCUUUCCACACUCUUCAUCUCCAUCGCCACCAUGAUGGUUGCCUUUUCUUCUGCCUUAUUCAUCAUGCUUCAGGACAAACCAUGGAUUACUUAUCCAAUCAUUUUCCUUGCUAGUGUUCCUGUCAUUUUAUUUAUCUGGAUGCAAUUUCCCCUUCUCGUUGAGAUUUUUGUGUCCACUUAUGGUGGAGGAAUAUUCGAUAGAAAAGUCAAACGUUGGAUAUAAACUCUUGAUGGUGCA